AUGUCGUCAGGAGUUCAACAGGAUGAAGAGCGGACCGAGCUGUUGGGAUCGUUAACAACAGAACAACAACAGCGGACCAGCGCGAGGGUCAUCAAGAAACUUAGACUCGAACCACAGAUUGACAAACGAGACGUCAUAGAAUGCGAGACUCCAAACAAAAUAGACGAUAAAGACCCUUUGAAGUUCCCAACGGUCAAACAACGUAUGCCCAAGGCGUUGUGGUCAGCUGAUGAAAAAAGCCUUUUCUUCGAAGCGUUAAACGAAUAUGGCAAAGAUUUCGACUCAAUCACCUCGUAUAUUUGCGCUAAAAUGAAGAAGAAAGGCAUGCUAGAUGGAAAUCUAAAGACUAAAACCCAAGUCAGCCACUUUUAUUACAGGACAUGGCAUAAGCUGUCCAAACACGUGCGUUUUGAUGAAAAUGUCAAAAAGGUAGCCCAAGAACUUUACGCUCUGAUAAAUUAUGGAGAGUUGAGAAGGAAGUUAGUGUCUGUUAAUGAGAAGAUAUGCGCUCGUUUGGGAGAAAUGGUCCGCGGUGGGUCCAUAGCUGUGAGGACGAAGGGAAAGACGAUUAGAGUCAGAACACCGAUGUGCAGAGCUCUCAGGAGGCUCAAUCAAAUUGCUGAGCGUGCGUACGGCGCUCGUGUAUGUACUCGGGCCCAAGUAUUACUGCGCGCUCGAGACGCUGCGUCUUGGACGCGCGUUCAGGCCGCCGCUCACAAUCCACGGACGGUUGUAACGCUCACACUGAGAACGAGACUAGUAGCGCUGCUCUUGGCGCUAGAGAGACGAUGGAAAUGUAUAAGUCACGUGAUGUUGAUGGAAAAUGGAAGUGAUUUAAAAACUGAGGAAUACUCGCCGACAUUUUGUGAGAACGGAGACAAGCUUGAUGAACAUCUCAACUUGGAAACAGACAGGACCAUACUACGAGAACGUGCGCCCCCCGUUGUAUCUCUCCACGUGGGUCCCCGGCCCGAUGCGGAUGUCCGCCUGCCGGAACUCCGCCCUCGCGAGCCUUUAUCCAGUCAGAAGAUCUGCUUCGCUUCAUACCUUGAAAGAAUGGGCGCUUUGAGGAGACAAGAUGGAGAUGUCAAAAUUCGUACACCGAAACGGCACCGUAAAGACAGCGUGUCCGAUAAAGACAAGGAAAAUGAGAAGAAAAUUAAAAUAGACGAUAUAGACACAAACAAACUGAUUAACAUAGAAGAAACGGCCAUAGACGGGAUAGAACUGAUGGCGCAUUACAAGAACAAUCAAGAAGAUGAAGAAAAACCCAGCACAGAAGAAGAGAAGGAAAUGAAGGCUGAGGAGAUCACAGAAGAAGACUCGGAGAAAGACAAAGAUAUGAUAGAAAGAGACAGCGAUAUAUUGGACAGAGACGUGCGGGAAAGAGACAAAGAUAUGUUGGAACGGGAGAAAGAGAUGCCAGAUAGAGACAAAGAUAUGUUAGAGAGAGAGAAAGACAGCUUCUCAGAAAUGGAAGACGAUGAGAAAUAUAACAAGAGUGACACUGAUAAUGAGAGUGACGGGCGAGAAAAGAAACAGAUGAAGUAUAAGAAUUUAAAGGUGAAGUUCUGUAUACGUCCUAAGAAGAGAGGCGGCUCCGUGUACACGCUCGUGUUGGAUCACGACAAGAAUAAAGAGGAAGACGCGAAGAUAGAUGAAAAGGAGGAGAAGGAAGAGGAACAGAAACCGGACAUAGAUGUAGAGCUGGCUAUGAGGCAGAUCAGGAAGGGUUGGAGUGUGGGUGACGCGGGGGAACUUACUAUAGGAGACUUGUACUUGAUGUUCGGUUCCCGUUCAAGAUUAGAAUUGGAUUACUGGUGGGCGGAGCCUACACCCCCACUACCUAAGACAAGGACGGAAGAUAGAGUUGAUAGGAGAGAGAAAGGGAACAAAACACCCGACAAGGGAGACAGCUCAGUAGAAGAUGAGAGGGAGAGGUGCGACAACGAUAUACUGUCACCGAAGAAUACUUACAGUCAGGACAGUAACGACGGACUGUCUGGAGACGAGAGGAAGAGUGAGCAGCUGUCAUCUCCGGACCACAAGUCGGGCGCCGUGAAGCUCGUCAACAAACUGAUCAACAGACCCACGAACACACGCGCGAACAACGGGUACUCACUGGUCAGCGACAGACUACGGCGCCUUCUGGCUCUGGCAGGGAACAGUCAUUUUGGUGGAGGAGCGAGGGGAGUACACGCGCGGAGACACGGACCCACACAUCAGGUACCGAAGCCCCCCGCGUGUAGUGUAAGCCCCAGCGGGUCCCCGCCUGUAGGCCUCCCGCUGUUCAGACACCCCACACCGAUCGCGCCUAAACCAGACUUAGAGUCUUGUCAGUCUCCACUCAGUCUCGAAGGUCUUCCCAAGUGGCGUCGCGGCAGACCGACUACCGACAGGCGGGUCGUAGUACAGAGACUACUACCACUCAUGCCUAAACUACCACCACCGAACAAUUUGAUCCCAGUGAAGAUGGUAUCCAAUUCCCAGCCGGUUCAACCUAGGCUGGUCCCUAAGCCACCUCCGACAAGCUCUUCUGACCUUUCGAUGUACUACGUGCUAAGUCAAUCCAACGGGCAAUUCUUUUUCCACGACGGUGACAGACGGAUCCCUAUACACACGAGCCCCGGGAACACCUCUCAGGACACCGAAGACGCCAAGGCUGAUGAUGGAGAUGUUAAGGAAGACAAGGAGUCAGAUAUUAAGAUAGUUAAAGUGGAGUCUGUUACUGAGAACGGAGGCGGCGAGGGGCGGACACAUGAACAGAAUGAUAUCUCGAGUUUCCUCCCGUCCGAGUCCCUCUCUUUGUCUCCGUCCCGCCUGUUGAGGUCGCAGGGCGAGGCGGACUGGCUCGACACACACGACUUCUCACUCAGCAGCUUCCUCAGCCACCUUGAAAAAGCCCAACAGGAAUUACCGGUGGAUUCUCAUCUUCAAUCGUUGAUGGCUGAAAGCAGUGUAGACUACGUCGCAAAGUUCGCAGACCUCGCCGCUGAAGUGGACGACCAAGAUCUCAGUGACGACCUGCCCUAA